GCCAAAUUCUUCUCGUACUAAUUACAUUUAAUUGGUACUACCCAGGUUAUGACGUACAGAUAUCGUCUUAACCGUCCUUAUAAUCAGACACAGACUAAUGUUCCAAUAACUUCGUUUUACUGCCAUGCAGGACAGCUUGCGAAAUUUAAACUGGGUAUGGGGCUAUUAUUUGCCAUCUUUACGAUAAUCCCCCCAGCUGUUUCCGGGGGUAAAGGGAUUAUCGAAGCAGUGCCUGGAAUUAUUACAGCAGGUUGGGUCAUCUUCUACAGUGCAGUUGCACUAGUUACUUGGGCACUGUCAAAAUCGCGCUCUUCCGAACAAAAUCGUGCGAAUUGUAACUCCACGAUUAAUCCACAAUUCAGUGUACCUGCUACACCACCAGGAUUAUUCUUCUACAAGGUGUUAACGGUCUUCAUGGGGAUCAGUAUCUUGCUGUCCGUGGCUAGCCUCACAAACGCUAUCGUCGUGCUGGUCACUGCCGCAGAAAGCGUGGUCGAAGUGUCAGGUUUAAUGGGAAUCCUUACCGGGGCAUUUUUCCUUCUUUUGGAACCGUUGUCUUUAAUCUCCGCCAUUUAUGAUAUUAAACACGCCGGGCGACCAAGAACGCCACCAACGUUUGCCAUGUCACUGGAGCCCCGACAUCGCACAAACAGCUUACUUCACGAGGCAGCCACGACUGCAAAUACGUCAUCAUCGCAUUACCCACAAAUACCUCUUACCAAUAUUAUAUAUUUGCCAAACGUACCACAACAUGUGUAUCUAGACAACUUGGGUAGCAGACCAGAUGUUCCCUCUUCGGUUAAUUAUGACAGUCGGUGCGACGUUCUACCAGCUUAUUCAGAUGUUGUCAAAGUCUGAAGCUUUUUUAGUAUUUGCUCAAUGACGAAUCCCGUGCUAAUGUAAAUUAUUGUUCGUAUUGGCAUGCAAAUGUGCAGUGGUUCUAAACUGAUGCAAACUGUGUUAACUAACAAGACGUUAACUGAGGUUAACUGAGAUCUCUGGUACUCCAUUAAGCACGACCUUUCACGCUGUUUUAGAAAUCAAAAUCGACGCUGAU